AUGGGAAACGAAGGAAGUAAAGUUCAACGCAAGAGAAUAACACAACCAAUUAUGACUACGUAUGAAAGUGUUGAAGACCUUCAAGAUGCUUUACAAAAGGCUGGUCUUGAAUCUUCAAACCUUAUAGUUGGUAUUGAUUUCACUGCCUCUAAUACAAGUUCUGGAAUGAGAACAUAUGGAAAGAAUAUGCAUACCAUUGAUGAGUCAAAUCCAAAUCCAUAUAUUAAAGUAAUGGAAAUUAUGGGAAAGACAAUGGAAAAAUUUGAUGACGAUAGACUCAUUCCUGUAUUUGGGUUUGGUGAUUCUAAAACCCAGGACGACACAGUGUUUGACUUAAGUCCAGAGUCUAAACCAUUUUUGGGAAUGGCCGCUGCCAUUGAACGGUAUAAGGUUGUUGCUUCAAGUGUUGAUUUAUGUGGACCAACUUCAUUUGUUCCAUUAAUUAAAAGAGCAAUUAAAAUUGUUAAAGAGACAAAACAAUAUCAUAUUCUUGUUAUCAUUUGUGAUGGACAAGUCAGUAGUGUUAGUCCCAACAGAAAAGUAAUCGAAGAAGCGUCAAAUUAUCCACUCUCUAUUGUUUGUGUUGGUGUUGGAGAUGGACCAUUUGGUGAAAUGGAGAAUUUUGAUGACAAUGUGAAAAAAGCUAAAUUUGAUAACUUUAACUUUGUUAAUUAUUACAAAGUCUGUGAAGGAAACGUAGAAAAUCCUGAAGUUGCUUUUGCAUGUGCAGCCAUGAACGAAAUUCCCGAGCAAUACGCUUAUAUUAAAGAACUUGGCUAUCUUGAUAAUUAA